AUGCGGCUGAAGCUGGGCUUGCUGCUGCGCGCCGUGCUGCUGGCGGGCAGCUUCUUGGGGCUGCUGCUGCUCUGGUCCUCGCUGUCUCCCCGCGCCGAGGAGCCGGCUCCCCCGGGACGAACGCGGGAUGACAAAGAAGCCAACAGGCUCAUGCCAAACAAAGGAGACCAUGGACUGGGAAAUGAGAAGUUCAAACCUGUGGUACCUUGGCCUCAUGUGGAAGGUGUGGAAGUGGACUUGGAAUCCAUUCGAAGGAAAAAUAAGGCCAAAAAUGAACUGAAUCAUCACGGUGGCAGUGAUAACAAACAGCAAAACAUCAUCCAGAGGCAGUAUCUCACAUUCAAGCCUCAGACAUUUGUAUACCGAGAUCCUGUUUUACGACCUGGAGUCCUUGGUAAUUUUGAACCCAAAGAACCUGAACCUCAUGGAGUUGUUGGUGGCCCCGGAGAGGAAGCGAAGCCAUAUGUUUUAGGACCAGAUUACAAAGAAUCCAUUCAAGCCAGCAUUAAAGAAUUUGGGUUUAAUAUGGUGGCAAGUGAUAUGAUCUCACUGGAUCGGAGUGUUAAUGACUUGCGUCAGGAAGAAUGCAAAUACUGGCAUUAUGAUGAAAACCUGCUUACCUCCAGCGUUGUCAUUGUCUUCCAUAAUGAAGGAUGGUCCACACUCAUGAGAACAGUCCACAGUGUCAUUAAGAGAACACCAAGGAAAUACUUGGCAGAAAUUGUGUUGAUUGACGAUUUCAGCAACAAAGCACACUUAAAAGAGAGGCUGGAUGACUAUAUUAAGCAAUGGAAUGGCCUUGUAAAAGUAUUUCGAAAUGAGAGGAGAGAAGGUUUAAUCCAAGCUAGAAGCAUUGGAGCCCAGAAGGCUAAACUUGGACAGGUCUUGGUUUAUCUGGAUGCCCAUUGUGAGGUGGGAAUUAAUUGGUAUGCACCACUUAUAGCUCCUAUAUCUAAGGACAGAACCACAUGCACUGUGCCGCUUAUAGAUGUCAUAGAUGGCAACACUUAUAGGAUUGUGCCCCAAGGGGGUGGUGAUGAAGAUGGGUUUGCUAGAGGAGCGUGGGAUUGGAGUAUGCUAUGGAAGAGGGUUCCCUUGACCAAGCAAGAGAAGGAAAGCAGAAAGACAAAAACCGAACCGUAUCGGUCGCCUGCAAUGGCUGGUGGAUUGUUUGCCAUUGAACGUGAUUUCUUCUUUGAACUGGGUCUCUAUGAUCCAGGUCUUCAAAUCUGGGGUGGUGAAAAUUUUGAAAUCUCUUACAAGAUCUGGCAGUGUGGGGGAAAACUGUUGUUUGUUCCCUGCUCUCGUGUUGGACACAUCUAUCGUCUCCAGGGCUGGCAAGGAAAUCCACCCCCAGUGUAUGUUGGGUCUUCUCCUACAUUAAAGAACUAUGUCAGAGUUGUAGAAGUGUGGUGGGAUGAAUACAAAGAUUACUUUUAUGCCAGUCGGCCAGAAACAAAAGCCCUGCCCUAUGGAGAUAUAUCUGAGCUGAAAAAAUUCCGUGAGGAUCACAACUGCAAGAGUUUUAAGUGGUUUAUGGAAGAGAUAGCAUAUGAUAUACCUUCGUAUUAUCCCUUACCAGCUAAAAACGUGGACUGGGGAGAGAUUAGAGGCUUUGAAACUGCCUACUGCAUUGAUAGCAUGGGGCACACCAAUGGGGGCUUCGUUGAGCUUGGGCCAUGCCACAGAAUGGGAGGAAAUCAGCUUUUCCGUAUCAAUGAAGCUAAUCAACUCAUGCAGUACGAUCAGUGCUUAACUAAAGGACCAGAUGGAUCCAAAAUUAUGAUUACACACUGUAAACAGAGUGAAUACAACGAUUGGCAAUACUUCAAGAAUCUGCACAGAUUUACUCACAUUCCGUCAGGGAAGUGCUUGGAUCGCUCUGAAGUCCUCCAUCAAGUUUUCAUUUCAGAGUGUGACUCCAGUAAAGCAACACAAAAAUGGGAAAUGAACAACAUCCUUAGUGUGUAGACAAAUAAAACCUACCUACUGACACAUUAAUUUGUACAGGACUGAAAAUAGCCUGAAAACUGCUGCAAUUAUUAACUUUGUACAGCUGCAAGCCUCCUGGCUUGGAUGAAGGACGUAGACGAACUGAUUAUUACAAUAACAUU